AUGGGAUACGAUUUCUCCGGUGGAGUCGUCGAGAUCGGAGGAGUCCACGCUGUUCUUAGGCCAAGCGGCAAACUAGAGCAUUGGCGCAUUUCGUCAAUAUCUGAAUGUGAACGCCGAACUCGUUGUAUGCUUGCCAAGUCAGCUCCCGUACGAGGAUGCGUCUACGCUCGGCAUGGGUAUCAGCACUGCGGCACAGGCUCUGUAUCAAGUGUUGGCACUCCCUCUGCCAGUCAUAGACCCGACACCUACAAACCAGACAAUUCUGAUCUACGGAGGAAGCGCCGCAACAGGGAGUCUUGCAAUUCAAUUUGCAAAACUGUCCGGAUGCAUCGCAUCGUUGACUAUAGAUCCUCAGAUGCAAUUCAGCAAAUCCGAGACUUGGUGACUAAGACUGGAUUGUCACUGAUCUUGGAUUGCGUGGCCAACGAUGACAUUGCAAGUUCUGCUACGACGGCCCAAUAUUCAGAAUCCGUCUAUGGUUCGUUAAGGCCAGUGCCUAAUCUCUCCGUCAAGGCAGAUCUUCUACCUACCUCUUCAACGAUAUUAAGCGCUUGGAGCUUUGUGUAUACUUGCUAUAGGAGACGAUUCACGCUUAUGGGAAAGACAUCGGAGCCUUCUGUUGAAGAUAAAACCUUCAUGACUGCUUCUAUCGUCAAUUUGAAAACCUAA